AGGUGGUCACAUGUCGCCUUUAUGAGGGAAAGAGUUACAGGUGCUCACAAGGCAAAGGGGGGUUCCAACUCAGUACUAGCAAGGCAUACCUAAUAAAGUGACUAUUGAAUGUACAUAAGAAAAUGACACGUUUCAUCAUGAUCUCUUGCAUUUAUUGUCUGUCUGCCGUGUUUUUUGUGCACUACCCAGUGGCUGCUAAACAGGGGGAGUCGGAUCCAGAGAGGAAGGAGACGCGGCAGAAAGUGGACGACGACAGGAAGCAUGAGAUCGAAGCUGCCAUCGUUCGCAUCAUGAAGUCUAGAAAGAAGAUGCAGCACAAUGUCCUGGUAGCAGAGGUCACACAGCAGUUGCGGGCACGAUUCCUUCCUAGUCCUGUAGUCAUCAAGAAACGCAUUGAAGGACUCAUUGAGAGGGAAUAUUUGGCAAGAACACCGGAGGACCGCAAAGUGUACACUUAUGUAGCAUAAAACAAAUUAAUUCAAUGAAAGCUAGCGUCGAGUUGAAAGAAGCUGAGGGCCUUUGUUUUUUUUCUUUUUCUUUUUUUUUUGGUGGACUGCUAUGUGUUUGAACAAACUUGGAAAUGCUUUCAUUGUUGAUUCUGGGAAACACUGGGAAGGUUAACAUUUCUUCCAUAAAAAUGUGUUUAAAAAAAGAAAAGAGUAAAAAAAAAAAAAAAAAAAUCAUGCGAAGGAUGGUGAAGUUUUCUAGCAUUAUUAGAUUUCUUCAGCUGAGAGAACUGAAAUGAGGGAGUCUAGUUUUGUAUAAAAUCCAUGUUUCUUGUGGCCUUUGGAGAGAACUUAGUGGGCCUGUUUGCGGGCUAACGACGCGCCGCCACCCAACGAGCGCAUCAGAGGCCACACGGAGAACGAGAAAACAUUUGAACUCACUCCCCUGUUUUUAAAUGUUGAUGUCAAUGUGUUCUGUUUGUGUUUUGUGGCACAAUAAUGGCUGUACAGGUUGACAGAUAGGCCUUUUUCCUCUCAAGAGGAUUUUUAGAUUUAAAGAAGAGGACAGAGUGUUAACUGGUACAGACCUGGUUUACAAACAGCAGUGAAAUACAUUUUGAGUACUUGAGAAAACAUGAAGAGUGCUUAAUUUAUGUUGCAAAUAGGUCUGGGGUGCUUUUUUUUUUUUUUUUUUUAGGGAGGGUGGGGGGGUUGUUUUAAUGUCUACUAUCAAACAUGUCCACCUCACAGCUGAACUAUUUAAUGCCAUUCUCAUUUGGCCAGGUCUGUACUAGUGGUUAUAGAGAUCAAGGGCUGUUGCUUCACAGCAUGCUUUUAUCUAUUGGAUCAAUCAGGGGAAUAUAAGACACACAUGAAACUCCAUAAAAGGUGUUUGGACUCUCAUGACACAUUUUUCACGUAAGGCCUGCUGUAUGAUAGGCCACCCACCCCCCUAAAAAAAAGAUUUCUCUCUGAAUGGAAGGUUCCUGGUGGUGCAGGUGUGCAAAGAGGAUAUUAUUUUUCGUUCUCGACUGCAUUUUGAUCAGCUGGAACCAGUUUAGCACCAUGUUCUAAUGUGUACAAAUUGUAAAAUAAAUAUUGUACUCACUGCAAAGGUGGAUUGUACAGGGCCUUGUUUUCAUCAUAUUAAAUGUAGAAUUUAAAAAAAA